AUGCCACCUUUGAAUAAAAAAAGAUGCCAACUUAAGGCUGCUAGAAAAUCAAAAAGUAAACAUACUUAUUUAGAAAAAAAUAGAACAGUAUAUGAAUAUGAUGAACAAGAUAACUAUAAACAAAUAAAUGAAGAGCUAAAUAAUCAUAUGUGGAUAAAUGAAAAGAUUAAUAAAAGAGCUACUAAUUACUUUGAUAUUCUACUUUUAGAUACUGUGUUAAAAAAAGCUACUCAAAAUAUUCAACUUAUUACCUUUUACUUAUCUUUUGUUUCAGCUUAUUUCUUAGCAUCUAACACUACUUCGAUCUGUGUACUUUCAGAUGCAGUUGCAUUGGUACAAUUAGUAAAGGAAAAUAGAAAGAAAAAUAUUAAAAGAAUUAUAAAGAAAAUUAUAAAAGAAAAUACAAAGAAAAAUAUAAAAAAAAAUAGAGAGGAAAUAAUAAAGAAAAUUGUAAAAAGAAAUAUAAAGAGAAAUAUUGAGGAAAAUAAAAAGAGAAUUAUAGAAGAAAAUACAGAAAAAAAUAUAAAGGAAAAUGUGCAAAAAAGGCAUGUUCAUUUAACUACAGAACAAUACUUAUUCUAUCCAAAAAUUCCAAACAGAUAUAUUAUAGAAAUUCUUAAAGUUAGUGCAAACCAUGAUAGUUAUUGGAAUAUUCAAUUGCUUGCUAAACAACUUAAACACAUAAUUAAUAUUUUGGAAAUUGUAUUUCUUAAUACAAUCUUUGUUUUUGGAUUUGAUAAUAGUUCUUGUUAUGAUGUCUUUGCAAAAGAUGCAUUAGUAGCAAGUAGAAUAAAUGUAAAAUAUGAUAGAAAACAGCUAUAA